UUCUGUAUGACCGAAGAAAGAAAGAACUUCCUCCUGAGGAAGCAGAGGAGGGUAGUUACAAGCCCAUUACAGCAGAGAACUUUUCAACAGCAACAAAGGAAAAAAAAAGACGUGGGAAUAAGAAUGUCAGAAAAUCUCAUCUAUGCUGACUUGAACUUGACUGAAUCAAACAGGUCUAGGCUACAGAAGGACAUCAACGUCCAAGAUUCUACAUACGCAGAACUGAAUGUGCAAUCCCUAGACACAAGUAUUAUAGCUAGCUGUGCAUCAUCUGUUCCCAGUGGUCAAACGGACAUCACAAACUUCAAAGACAGCAGAAGUGGUAAAAACUGUUGUUCCAGAACACGUAUUGGAAUAUUGAUUGCUGUGAUAAUCCUCCUACUGGUCAUAGGGGUGGGGCUGACACUCCUGUACCAUCCAACCACAAGAAGCUCACAGGACAGAGAAACAUUCUCCAUAACCUAUGAUAAGGCACAAGAUUGCCCCCAACAUUGGAAAAGAAAUGGGGAAAAAUGCUACUUCUUUUCUCGAACUACAGAAAGAAAAAACUGGACAGCUUUCCAUGAUGAAUGUACUGGCAUGCAUUCAGAACUGGUGACCAUUGACAACAAGAAAGAACUGGAUUACCUUAUUUCACAAUCAAUGAGUGAUUACUACUUACUUGGUCUCCGGUACAAUGAAAGCAAGAAGAAGUGGGAGUGGAUUAACGGCAAAGAACACAGCACAGACAUAUUUAAUAUAACAGGACCUCAUGACUACUUCUGCACUGUUGUUGGCUUUGGCGAAGUGUCAACUGCACCUUGCUGUGAAACCUCAACAACAAAAAAUAUGUGUGAAAAAGGUGCAAGUAUUUCAGAAAAGGCAGAAGAGGAGCAACAAACAACAGAUUCAAACACCUUGCCAAGCUUAGAACAUUCUUUGCUAAAACAAGUGUCAAAGACUGGAUGGAUGAGCCUCUGGAAGAGCCUUAAUUUUUACACAUUAGGAACCUGGAUGACUUGCUAACAUCAUAUGCCUGACUUUUAGGGAACUACUGUGUGGUGAUGAGUCCUGCCUUGGUGAGAGGUGUGAUAACGUGCAGAUCCUGUUUCUCAUAGACACAUGCAUAUACACUUAAUACAUCCACAGUCCUCCUUGUCCAUAAGGAGGCGCUUUGAAUCAUUGCCAUGCACUAGCAUUUCCUGCAGCUGCAAGUGAAGCUUAAGAUGUAUUUAUAUUUUGGAUCCUGUAGACAAGUGCACAGUUUACUCAGGAAAAUGGAGAAAUAUAUACAUGAAGGUUUUUCUGGCACUGACAUGUCAGAGUCAAUACAAGAAAGAGGAGGUACUAGUGGAGCAGAGACAUGACCAGCAAAUGGUGAAUGCUACCAGAGCUCUUCCAAUGUCUUUCAUUUGUUCUUGGGACUCUGGUGCUUUUGUGACUCUAAGGAUUGUCAUUUUUACCAUCUCCUUUGAGGCAGAAACGUUCCUACUUCAAAUUGUGUCAAAGUCAAUUCAUGGCUCUCUCCAGCAUCUGCAGGAUGAAGAAAGAGAGAAAGAUUUAUGAAUUCUUUGAUGAAGUACAGUGAUGGCAUGCUUACUCAUUGGAAGAAGGAGAAAAAAAAGGGGGGGGAAAAAAGGGAAGAAAAGAAAGAUAAAGGGCUUUUCUUAAUCAACAAUUGCUAUUCAAAAUGUUGUGGCCAAGGCUAAUGAACAUAGAAUCAUGCAGGAAACUUUCUCUCAUUCUUACUUGAAUGCACAUUCCGAAGUCUCUUCUUAGUGGCCUUAUUCAUCAAGUCUCCUUUGAAGCAUAUUUUUAGUUCCUUCACUAACCUUUAAUCACCAAAGAACAAAGUAAGAACAUAAAUGUAGCACAAUAAUCUCAAUGGCUGAAACCAGAGUCUAAACUGUUAUUUCAGAGGAAGAUGGGGCUGUUUGUUUGUACUCAGUUUACUGAAGGGGGUGGGAGAUAGCUCUGCAUUGUACUACAUAGAAGUCUGAAAGAGAGCUGCCUUUUAAUUUUCAUAUUCUAGCUUCUGUCCUUUAAUUGGGUGGGCUCUGAUGAAGGGGGUAGGAGAUAUAUCACUUCCCUAAGAGCCACUGGACCUAAAGUAAGUUCGGAGGCUUCAGAAAGUGGCAGAACUACAUAUCAGAGCUACAUAUCAGAGGUGAAAGAAACGAGGAAGUGGCCCUAAGGUCACUGUGGGACUACAUGAAUUCCUUCAAAUCCAGAAAGUCACAGGAGUAAGAAGAGAACACUGUUUAUAAAGAAAUAUCUAACAAGUGAGGAAGUUUGAUUUAAACUGGUUUAUUUACUCAGCCUCAGUGCUUCCUUUGCUCACAAGUCUAUCUUUCUCUGGAUUUGUUAUCUUACAUUUUAAAUAAACCUGAAGUUUACAGUUUGAGAGACUUUGAUUAGCUUUUGGCAUGUCCACCACAAGGAAAAGGUGAAGUAACUCACACCAACUCAGCCUUGGUCAUGGUCUCAUCCUGAUGCCAAGGGCAGGGGAAUCCCACACCAAUCCAAACCUAACCUCUCAUAACUUCAGUGGCAGGUGACAGCAGACAACUACAAGGUUGGUUUUAAUUCUUUCUGUGGUUGGGCAAUGGGUCAACUGUCAUUUGGCUAGGUCAGGCUCCGGGGUGCUUCACUCAAUGACCAUUAUCAAGAAGAACCUGGGACUGAGAACUUAGUAGAUGAGGAAAAGGCAGAGGAUGUUUUUGAUAUGGAUUUUAGUAAAACAUUUGACACUGUGUCCCACAGUAUUCUCCUGGAGACUCUGUCUGCUCAUGGCUUGGACAGGUGUACAGUUCACUGGGUGAAGAACUGUCUGAGUAACUGGGCUCAGAGAGUCUUAGUGAACGGGGUUCAAUCCAGCUGGCACCCAGUCACCAGUGACAUUCCCCAGGGCUUGGCCUUAGGGAUGUAAGGAAUGUUCCAGCAAUUCGUGUCAAUAGAGGGCUUGAAGGGUAAACCUUGAGUCUCUGAUAUCUGGGGGGUUUCAGAAUAACUGCUAACUAUUGUGACUAUUGCAUGGGACACUACGCAAUAUCUCUGAUAUCCAGCCAAGAGAUUAAGGAGAAGGGGAAAGCUGACGGAUGACUAAAAGACAAAGCUUGCAUGGGACGCUGCACAAGUCUCUGAUAUCUGGCCAAGAUGGACAAAGGAGAAGGACAAGGACAAAGCCUGGGAGGACGACUACGAGCCUUCAGCACAAGAGACCCCCAGAGGGACCACCGGAGACUGAUACGCAUGCACCAGUGGGAGGGCUCAGAUUCCGGGAACUAAUUAUAAUAACCCUGCCUUUUCUAGAAGUAGUAAUGAGUAUGUAUUAGCCUAGGAGCAUAAAAACAGGCCGCCUGAUGUAACGUGUGUGUGUAUAGGAGGAGCCCAGACUCCCUGCACACACAGCACUGUUUACUUCCCUUCUAUUGACCCCAUAAAUAAAUCUUAUAAAGCUAAA